CGAGAAGUUUGGAGCGAAAGGGGCGCAAAGAAAGCUGCUUCGCGCAGAGGAGCGCGAUGGGGCAGCUUCAGUGGCGGCUCUGGCUGGUGGGGGCAGCUGCUUUCCUGCUGGGAAACGCUUCUGACACUGCCUCCCCUUCACAUUCUCUGCUCCACUUUCGCCAUGCUAUGCUCCUUGAGGGGCGGCCACAAUUUGCUGAGGUGACCUACUUGGACAGCCAGCCUAUCCAAUAUUAUGACAGCAACAGACGAAGAAUGAGACCUUUAAAGCCAUGGAUUAAUCAAACAAUGGGUAGAGAAUACUGGUUAUGGGAAUCAGUUUGGAUGAGACGCACUGUGCAAUAUUUCCUAAAAAAAGUGAAACACUUAUCGGUUCCACAGAAAUACAACCAGAGCAAUGAUCAUACCUUGCAGUGCAUCGAGGGCUGUAAACUCACAGCUGAUGGAGACGAAAUACAAAUUCAUCAGGAUGCUCUUGAUGGAAAAAGGAUGAAGGGAGAGGUAUUUCAUCAAAAAAGACAAUACUUGAACGGAAAUUGCAUUCGGUGGCUAAAUAGGUACCUGGACAUGAAGCAACAAAAGAAAGAGCUUCCAAUAGUGAAAGUGACUCAUCAGGAGGUCAACAUCAACAACCUUCAAGCCCUCACCUGCCAGGCCUAUGGCUUCUAUCCCAAGGACAUCAGUGUCAGUUGGAGGAAGGAUGGGGAAAUCUUCAACCAAACCAACAGUUCUGUGCACAUUGCCCCGAAUUCAGAUGGGACUUUUAAUGCCAGGCUGAGUAUUCAGAUCAAUCCCAAGGAGAGGAAACUCUACAGAUGCCAUGUGGAACAUGUCAGCUCCAGCGACCCCCUGGAUUUUGUCUUGCAGAAAACAGGCCCCUCAGCUGAAGUAACUACUCAUGUGCUGAGUGUUAAUGAGACCCUCUUGAACUGCUCUAUCUGCAACUUUUAUCCUGAAGACAUAGAUGCCACCUGGAUGAAGGAUGGGGAGAACUGGGAUCAAGAGACUUUUCGUGGGGAUCCCAUCCGUAAUUGGGACGGGACCUACUGCACCUGGAUCAGCAUUGACAUUAACCCCAUGGAGGAGGACCGCUACCGUUGCUAUGUUGAACAUGAAGGCUUUCAGGAAGUACUCAGUGUAAAAGGCACUGCCUCCUCUUCACAUUCUCUGCUGUACUUCCGCCAUGCUGUGCUCCUUGAAGGGCAGCCCAAAUUCGUUGAGGUAACCUACUUGGAUAGCCAGCCUAUCCAACAUUAUGACAGCAACACAAGAAGAAUGAGGCCUUUCCCCCUGUGGAUUAGCCAGACGCUGGAUGAAGAUUACUGGGACUGGGAAUCAGUUAUGGAAUAUGUCAAGCAUAGUUUCCUAGAAAAAUUGCAAGAAUUAUCAGUUCCAGAGAAACACAACCAGAGCAAGGAUCACACCUUACAGUGCAUUGAGGGCUGUAAACUCACAGCUCAUGGAGAGGAAAUAGAAAUUCAUCAGGAUGUUGUUGAUGGAGAAGAGAUGAAAGGAGAGGAAUUUCACAAAAACAGAUAUUACUUGAAAGGAAACUGCAUUAUGUGGUUGAAGAGAUACCUGAACAUGAAGCCACAAAAUAAAGUGCUUCCAAUAGUGAAAGUGACUCAUCAAGAGGUCAACAUCAGAAACCUUCAAGCCCUCACCUGCCAGGCCUAUGGCUUCUAUCCCAAGGACAUCAGUGUCAGAUGGAGGAAGGAUGAGGAAAUCUUCAACCAAACCAACAGUUCUGUGCACAUUGCCCCGAAUUCAGAUGGGACUUUUAAUGCCAGGCUGAGUAUUCAGAUCAAUCCCAAGGAGAGGAAACUCUACAGAUGCCAUGUGGAACAUAUCAGCUCCAGCGACCCCCUGGAUUUUGUCUUGCAGAAAACAGGCCCCUCAGCUGAAGUAACUACUCAUGUGCUGAGUGUUAAUGAGACCCUCUUGAACUGCUCUAUCUGCAACUUUUAUCCUGAAGACAUAGAUGCCACCUGGAUGAAGGAUGGGGAGAACUGGGAUCAAGAGACUUUUCGUGGGGAUCCCAUCCGUAAUUGGGACGGGACCUACUGCACCUGGAUCAGCAUUGACAUUAACCCCAUGGAGGAGGACCGCUACCGUUGCUAUGUUGAACAUGAAGGCUUGCAGAAACCACUCAGUGUAAAAGCUCCAACAGUCGUAACUCAAACUGAGGAAAAUUUCCAGCUAGUACUCAUCAUUUGCUCUGCUGUUCUUGGCAUCCUUAUCCUACUGUCUAUAAUUAUUGGAAUCUUUUGCUACAAGAAGCGUCGGCGUGACUACAGACCAGCUGCAAGGGGGAAGCGGAGCUCCAGAGUUAUGGGCAGAUUUGGGCAAGAACUGGGCAGAAGAUGCUGGAGGAGGAAACCAUCAUCCCUUCAGAAGUUUGGUCCUGCAACUUCAGGAGCAUCCAAUACCAGGAGGCUGAAAGUCCCCUUCCAACUUCAUUACCAUAUUUUUCGGAGUAUAGGAUGCAGCAACGGUGAGAGUGACCCCAAUUCCGGCUUGGAUAAUGCUGAAAAAUGCCCAUUGAAAGAGAUAGGAGGAGUCCCAUCCCUCAACAACACUGCUGGUGAAGAACGCAAUGGAGACAUCCCAGCUUCUCAGGAAGCCGCCAGAAGAGCCGAAACCCGAGAGGAAGCUCUUAGGGGCCGGUUGUUCGCGAGAGCCACUCGGGGGCUCGAUCUUAUGGCUCGCCGGGAUCUUUUCCUCGGGAUCCUCUGGAGCUUCGCCGAAGGAAGGAUCCCCCGUGGGUUCGGGGAGCGGAGGGCGGCCGAGCUCCGAGGGGCUCCAGACGGCGGGACAACGAAGCGCCUCUUCCUCCUCCCGGCGCUUCUUUUGCUCAGCGGCUGCUCCGAUGGACACACCCAUUCUCUGCUUUAUCUGUACACGGCCCUAUCAGAACCCAUUGGAGACCUGCCCCAGUUCACUGCUCUGGGCUAUGGGGACGGCUUCCUUGUUGGUUCCUACAACAGCAUCACCGAGCGGGCCAUGUCCCGAGCCCCCUGGAUGAAGAAGAUCGAGGAAGAGGACUCCGACUUCUGGAACUGGAUGACCCAGAGAGCCUCCCAUUCUGGACAGCGGUUCAGGAACGACCUGGAGAAUAUCCUGCAGCAGAGUAACCGGAGCCGAGAGCUUCAUGUCUGGCAGCGGCUAUAUGGCUGUGAGCUGGCGGACGAUGGGAGCGAAAGAGGGUACGAUCUCUAUGCUUACGAUGGGAAGGACUUUCUCAGCUUCAACAAGGCCACCCUCAACUGGACGGCAGCCAACGCUGAGGCCGAAAUGACCAAGAAGAAAUGGGAUGCUGAUUUGGACAGAGGCUGGCGCAAGAAGAUUUACCUGGAAGGGGAGUGCUUUGCCUGGCUGAAGAAAUGUCUGGACUACGACACAGAAGCUCAGGGAAGGAAGGAGCCCCCAGUGGUGACGAUGAGCAGCAGGACUGAGGUUGACGGCAUGGAAAGCCUCCUCUGCCGAGCUCAUGGCUUCUACCCCAAGGAGAUCGAUGCCUCCUGGAGGAGGGAUGGAGAGGUCUGGCUGGAAGACACCCUCCAGGGGUCCGUGGCCCCCAACUCAGAUGGGACCUUCUACUACUGGCUCAGUAUCCAGAUUGAUCCCAAGGAGAGGAGCCGUUACCGGUGUCAUGUGGAGCAUGAUGGCCUGCAAGAGCCACUGGACAUAGCCAUGGAAGAUGAUGCUUCAACUGGUGUGUAUUUCAGAAGGGGAGGCGUGGUGGUUUCUGUAAUUCUGAUGGUGGCAUUAUUCAUUGGAUGUAUUGGAUGUUGGGCGAAGAAAAAGGGAAAAGAAGAAGAAGAGUCCACCACUUCAGACGAUGAUCUUGAAACAGUGAUGCAUUACAGGUAGUCUUCGGCUUACAACCAAAACUGGGACCAGAAUAAUCAAAUUAAGUCUUUAUUUAGAAGUAAAAGUAGAGUAAAAUAAGGUCCCAGGCAUGGAGGCAUCCAUGCCUGGAUUGAGCCCAUGGAUCAGUCCCAUAGGAGAGUAGAACAAGAGCAGGGAAAAAGAGCAAAAGCAAAAAGGGAAAAAGGGGGGAGCAGCCCCUAUGCAGGGGUUCUUAUAGGGGCCCCUGGCCCCUCCCUUACAAGGUGUGUGAGGGGGCCGGAGGGCCAUGAACUUUCCCCAAUGGGGCUGCAGGGGCUGGAGCCUCUUUACCCACCAGUGGGAUCAAAGGUGCCUCUUUGCUCCCAUCUGGUGGCCUUUGAGGAGACUGCCAUGGCUGGCACAAAACACCUAACAUAAACCAUGAGAAAGAUAAGAGACUGUGGAACUUUGGGUCCAUUUAAUUGAAGAAAACAUCACUGGGAUUUUCUAUAAUGGUGUCUACGUGUGUUUUUGUGUCUCUGUGUCUGGGGUGGGGCCAGACCUAGCUUGGGAAGGGUUAGGCCUCAUGCCUCCCGUCAAUAGUAGGAGGAAAAAGUUAGCAAAUGCCAGCAGGGGGCAGCAGCUCACAGAGCCAUGUUAGUGCAGGGCAGCCACAAGGACCCAGAUAGGAGGGAGAUAUAUUGGGGGAUGUGGGGGGGGGGAUUUGAAUUGAAGGAGAACAUGGCAGGGCAAGAAACACGAUGACCACAAUUGGGAUUACUUGAAACUGAUGUUGCUAAACAGUGUAGUCAUUUGAGCUUUUGCUUAAUGACAUCACCGAGGAACCGCAAUUCUGGUCCAAGUUGGGUUGUUAAACAAGGACUACCUCUAAAGCAGUGCAUUUCGGAAAGGCGGUCAGAUAACUAGGCGGCUCACAAACAGAUGCACAGCCAUAUAAACAGGACAAAUAAAUAAUCAUGUGUCUCUUAUGAUUUAAAAGUUUUUAAUACUAAUAUUUAAAGUUGUUUGUAUAUAUUGAUUUCAGUUGUUUUGUACGCCGCCCAAAGUCAUUUUGUCUCUAAGAUGAGCACUUAUAUACUGUAGUUUUCAGAGUAUAAGACGCUCCGGACUAUAAGACGCACUUCACUUUUUUGGGGUAGGAAAACAAGAAAAAAAAAUCUGCCUCUAACUCCCAGCAAUUUGCCUCGGUGCAGCAAACAGCCUGCUUUAGUUUCAUUUUCAGCACAGUCUGAUUAGCACAAGAAAAAAAAAUCUGCCUCCCAGCAAUUUGCCUCCUUCAGCAAACAGUGGAGGCCUACGCGGCAAUAGGCAAUGGCAACCCUGCAGCCUGAAACAGCUGAGGGUCGGGAGGCCGAUCCAACCGACAAUCAACUGCUAAUCAGACUGUGCUGAAGCUGAAACCGGCUGCUUGCUGCAAGGAGGCAAAUUGCUGGGAGGCAGAGGCCAAAGGUUGAGGGUCAGCGGGUAGGUGGGGCUACAUUCAGUAUAUAAGAUGCACCCAAAUUUUCACCCUUUUGGAAGGGGGGGAAGUGCGUCUUAUACUCUAAAAAAUAUGGUAAAUACAAUGAAUACAUGAAUAACCUUUCAUAGGUAACUUUUCAAGUGCCUUUUCACUUACCUUAGCAUUGUGUCUUAUGGGCUAUAUCUCACAACUUUGUUUCCUGGCAAAGACUUUUUUGCAAUGGUGGCAAACAUCUGUACAGGAUGACGUUGAAGGUUUGUUCUCCGAGCUUGUGGGUUGGUUUCCUAACAUUUCGUUACCAGGCUAAGAUAUUUUUUAUUGUUGUAGCAGCUAUUUAACUUGUGACUGUGAUAUUUAUAUGGUUAAAUCUGUACUUUGCAAUUUGUUAGCAAACGUACAUUUUCUUCCUGAGUAUUUCAUGUAUUCUUAAUACUAGAUUAAAUUUUUGAAAUCCGAUAUGUUUAUGAGUUGUAAAUUGCUUGUUAUUGUUUCACUCAAUUUUGAAGUUAUUUUGAAUACAAAGCAUUAACUCUUUUCAUACUUGUUUCAUGUAGUGGAAGUUUUUCUUUGGGUAAGUUAUCACAAGCCCAGAAUAAAAAUGUACAAAAGUGUUGACAAAUAAAUUAUCUUCGAUAAAACCGGC